AUGCCGCGCAUUGAAGGCACGCCGCACCCAUCCCCUUCGAGGGCACCAAAGCACCGCAAGCCACCCCUGUCGGACAUCAUCCUCCGCGCCGCCCGCCUCUCCACCACCCGCAAAGGCGUUUCGCUCACCUUCAUUAAGAAGAUGGUCGCCAGCGAGGGCUACGACGUGGCGCGGAACGGCAGCCGCUUGAAGGCAGCUGUGGGGACUUUGGUCGAUAAAGGAUUGCUGCGGCGGGUAACGGGCAGCGGCGUCGCCGGUUCGUUCCGUAUCGGCAGUAAGGAGCGAGCGGAGGGAAGCGGGAGGGCGGCCGGUAGAACCCGUCGUCGCCACUCCGGGAAGAGAAAGGGACCGAAGCGGGUGGUUAAAUCCGUGACGCAGCGGUUGAAGAAAGCGGGACGAGCCCGGGGAAAAGCGGAGGCGGCGGGCGCGGAGGCGGCUGGGGGUCCCGUGGAGGUGGAGGAGGGCGAGUGUUAG